UCUGUUUUGAAUCGUUCGUGCAUGGUGGGGCGAGUCUAGGUAGCUGAGCGUGGUAACGAAUACCACGCUUGUUCACGUUCAGUAUCAUCUGUUUAGUAACUGUAGCCUGUUGCUUGUUGUGCGCGCGCUCAAUAAUUUAGUCGCCUGCUACCGCUCGUUUGUUGCGAACGUCGUGUGUGCGCCCGCGUGUGUGAUUCAUACGAUAACGAUUGUUGUUUACUCAAUGUGACUCAAGUGCGGCGCUGUCGAUUAGCAUGAUUACCACGAUGCGCGCGAACGGUACUAAAGUGAAUAAGCCUCCUCCGCCCGUACCGCCGAGGCCCAGCAAAAAUGUCGUCGCCGAGGCACUCGCUAAGUCCCGAAAGUCCGACAACGGCCUUGCUAAUAAUAACAUUACCAACGGUACACCACCCGUGGUGAAGUCGCAAUCCUAUUCGGCUAUAUAUAAAUUUAAUAACGCGCCGAAAAUAGACCGCGGGGUAGUCACUGAGGAACCACCAAAGCCUGCAACGCGCACAUUGAUUUAUCAAUCAGCAAACAUCAAUCGCUGCCGGUCUCACAGGUGCAGCCGCUGCGAAACCGAGUGUCUUCCGUGGAAGAGAUUAGAGUCAAUACGAAAACGAGCAGCUUCAAAACGAAGCCGCCCGAAGUCAUCCUGUUACCGGUUGAGCGCACUAAGCUGGAAGAUCGGGACUCCAGUUUGGAGUCGCUUUCGUGACUCUGAACCCAUCUCCCGAUCUAACAGUUUUAAAACGGACGCUAAUAAUAGCUCUGAUUCGGUGAUUAGCGAGGAUGAGGGCAAUUGGAAUAACGACACGACUGAUAGAAAUCAUGUAAAUACGCUAAUUGAUGAGAUGUUCGCAAGCGUGUUGGAUUUGCCUGAUAAACCAGAACCGGUCGCCACCGCGGUUGACGAUUGCUCAGUUGGGCUGGAGUCGCCAAAGCCACCUUGCGAUGUCGUUACCAUUCGAACGGCAGUCUGCAAGGACGAAUCGAACGAUGCGAAUGACUCACCCACUCCACAUCAUCAAACGAAUCAAAGCAAUCAUGAUUCGAAGAAAACAAUUGUUGUACUCGAGCCUCGGUGCGAACUACCGCACCAAAACGUGCCAAUCACGCCAACCGCAAACGUAAACACACCUGCGAACGCCAAUGACGUAAAUGCGAAUAAUAUAUUGCCUAAAAGUUAUAAAACCCAGCGCAAAAUUGAUGACAAAUUCAAUCAUGAAUUACUAAUAUCUGAGCUGUCCUCCAUGAAACGCGAUCGGCAACUAUUUAAACGUCAACGUAACCCGUCGGAAAAUUCCUCUUCGUCUCCUUCGUCCGAGUGCAAAAUUCAGCACUCUGAUUGGGUCGAGGUGAACGACGCCAAAGAGAUACGUCUAUCCAGCUGCCAAAUCACUAUUGCAGAUGAUGACGAAAAGGAGACUAAGAGGCGCCGUGGAUAUGCCAUUUCCAGACUCGAAUGGCUUUCUAACCUACACGGGCCCACCUCCGCCCCCGCCCUCAGCGGUUUUAACAUUGAAGGACCUCCGCCAGCGCCUUCGUCAAUUGGACGACCCGGAACGAACAGGAACCCCAAGAAUCCAGCAUCGACCAACGGUGAAACCAGGAUCACCUGCGCCCAGUAA